GCCAAAGCACACCCACUGUGCCAGGGUCUCGCUUCGGGCACCACGUGCAUCUUCUCUCCCUGGCCACCCUGAUUCGAAAAUUCCUGGUGAAUUUAAUUCUCCGGGUACCGGUAUACACACUUCUUCGGGCGCACGAGCCGAUCGCUGGGCUCCGGCGCAUAUCUUGCUUCGAGGGUGAAGGAAGUCGGGGAACGUAUGGGGGGUAGCAGCGAAGCUCUGCCAUUCCUGCAGAGGAGGAUAGUAAAGAAUAGAACGAAAUAAUCAAGUUCAACAUAUUGGCUUUUUUGCUGGACUGGUCGUUCUGGAACUGAAUGCAGAGAUGAUGAAAGCCGGGAUUCAUCGGAGAAUCGCUCCGAUGGACAAUACGUAAGGAUGAUGACGACAAGUCACGUGCAAACUCUCCGCUGGUGUCUACUCUUCUCAACGAAAUGCGACCAUCGGCACAGAUAGGGCGACGCUGUCGAACUUCCCCUCCACGCAGAUGGGCCUAGCUCGGGACCGUGUGCAUAGUGGCUUGACCGCGGGCUUCGGGUCCACGGGCCGCCUACAUUCUUCUCUCCUGCGCACGACUUAUGACCGACUUCCGCUUCCUUGCGCUUCUACAUGCGAUAUGCUUCUAUCCAGCCCUGAAACACGGCUCGCGCUUUGCUGUUUCGCUAUCCCACGCCAGAUUUGUUUAGUGAGCAGACCCGGGUCGGAACGGGGAGAGUGUUGAGUGGGAAUGGGAUUCUGGCGCCUCCGAGAAUGUGAUUACGCAGAUGUUGACAGCGUGUUUGUGAGAUUCAGAACGAUGGCGUGUGCCGAUUUCCCCCUCACACACGCUGUACCACGACGUACAAGGCGCCCGGAAACCAUUGUCCGAUCAGUGAGCCUUGUCAUGCAACGAAGAUUCUCAGCCACACCGUUAGAGUUCUGUUCUUGUUAUCAGAGUUUCUUUCCUAUGAUCACCCUGCGCGAGUGGAUGUGUUUGUUUCAGGUGCGCGUCUGACUGCGGGGCCAACUUGAAGAGAGCGGGGCCGGAUGGAUCAAAGAGUAGUGCUCAAUUCCACCAACGUCCGGCAUUCGAUUGCAGCACAGUUGGUGGAUACCGCAUCUACUUUGUAGCGAUAGACAGCACACUGCGCUUACUGCUUCUGGCGGCGAUGAUUAUCUGCUUUCUUCUCUAAAAUUUCGUUUCAAACGGAGCCUCCGGGCACAUGACGCGCAGGAAUCAGCAGUCACAGCGUAAUUGGCAAUUUCGUAAUCGGUUACACGGACGCAACCAAACGUCAGAUCGUGUGCAGACAGCAUAUGUAAACCAAGUACCCGGCAUCCAUGAAAGCUUGGCAAUCCGUAACGGGCGCACGAUGAUCGUCAUGCAGAAGUUGUCGAACGUUCAUGCGUGAUGAUCAUAUGGAAGGAUGCGGAAGAGGACUGGGCAUAGCACCCAGGCAUGUUACAGAGCCUGUGAUAAGGCCAGCAACGACGGUCAGACUAUUUCCGCCCGGCCGAGAAGCAGAAGGAUGUGCUCACGAGACCCAUCUUUGCGUCUCGACUAGGAUUAGCUACUGACGAGAAAACUCUCAGACGUGGACUUGGCCGAAGGGGGAUGUAGUGCGGUGGAGUGUGAGGGAACCGCUGAUGCGCACGAGAAGCGGAGAAAGCCCGGGUGUGGUCGUAAUAUGGGCUAGGUCGUAAAAUUAGGCCUCAAAAACGGCCGUAAAGGAGACCUGUCGGAGCCCUCCAUUUCGCAGGACUCGACCAGUCCCACGCACGGAUGCUCGUAGGCACACGACUGAGCGGAUGUAAAGCGCUGCGGGUCGUCCCCGACAGAAUGGAGUUGUUUGUGCAUGUGAUGUCGCCAAGGUGUCAGCUGCCCCUUCCCCAGACUGCGAUGACUUGCUUCCUCCCGCGCAGAUUCCACUAGAUUCCCUCUCUGCGCCACGCCCCCCGAUCUCUAGACCACACCAAUACUAGAAACCCCGCUGUUCACGCUCGGUCUGUUCAAGAAAAAGACUCGAUUGAACUGCACUAGACCAUAGAGCAACAGCAUCAUGCAAUACGACGACCCGGAUGACCGCAGAAACCGCUUCCUUGGGAGCUCCGACCAUGCCGUCGCCGACCAAGCGCACCGCGCUGCUUCUCAACCUCCGCGCUACAGCGGCCACGGCCAGCCUUUCCUGUCCUCCCCGCAGUCCAAAAACGUUGUACCAUCCAGCUUAGGCGGCCCAUGGGGUGGUGUGCUCUCCUCCUCGACUCGCAGCUCAUCCUUCUCCUCUUCCCGCUUCGAAUCGACUCUCGAGGACGACGAGCUGUUGGAUGGUGAUGACGACGAUGACGAUGGACUGUACCCGCAGUACCGUGGCCGCACCGCUGUUGCCCCGGAUCUUACGCGGAGCCGUAGUCACAGUCUUGCGACACAGCCCGUUGGCAGCGGGCGAUCGCUUUCACGUUCGUCUUCGGGGCAUGGUGUUGGGAUCAACAUCGGAGGAGGAGGAGCUCAGUUCAAUCCGAAUGUGCUCAACAGUGCGGCCAAUUCAUACUCGAAUGCGUAUCUUUACGGCAACAACGCACAUGGGCAUCGUUAUUCGGGGUACCAGAGUCGAUACGGCAGUCUGGGUGCGGGCUCACCCUUGGCUCAGAGUGUGCUCCGAGGCGGCGGUGCGAACGACAAUACGAACAUGAGCCCUUUCAUGCGUGAUGUCAGCACCCUGUUGCUGGACGAGAGUUCUUCUUUCCGAGAGCUCUGGAACCACGAAUCUUCCGGUGGGGCUGGCCGACACGCCGCACCCGACUACGACCUGCACGAGGAACCGGACAGCGGCGCCACGUCUCGACGCCAUAGCGUGACCGGCGCUCAACCUCUUCGGUUCACGGCCGGUUUCAACGCACCCGAAUCAAAUGUCGCGCCCCCGGUCAAGUCGGGUGCGCCGAGCUCCGGUGCUUUGGGCUUGGGAUUCGGGCGCGGUGGGCAGAGUCUGUUGCUGAGCGAUGACGAUCUAGAGAUCGGGCUGGGCAACCUGUCACUCUCUGGAAACAACAACAACGGCGGAGGAUACAUGUCACCCACUUCACCGCGCGGUCGCUACUCUGACGAGGACUUUGGUGCGCCGCCACCUCCGAUGGGGCGGGCUCCAUCGAUGGGCCGGAAUGGCAAUGGUAACGGGCGAGGGGUUGCGCCGGGACCUGUCGCUCGCAGCCCGUCGCUGACACGUGGCGGGGCCGGCGUCAGCAAGGACUGGGCGGAUGCCUACUUCAGUCCGCCGCAGCAACAUUUCGAGGCCCCGGUCGGAGGCCGUGCUCGUGCGACCAGCAAUGGAUCCAGCACAGGUCCUGUGUUUACUCAGUUUCAGCAGCAGUUCGCGCCGCACCCUCAGCAGGCCAUUCUCGCGGACCUUGGUAAAGGGUUGCCGCUGCACGCGGUUCCGCCCGACUGGCCGCUGUAUAUCGUCGAGUUCAAGGCUGGGCGGACAGACCUCUUCUAUCGGGCCAAGGACCGAGAGCGGGCUGCGCAAGGCUACCGCAACGGUGUGGCUGACGACCCGGAUCCCAUUCGGGUAGACGACUUUGUAAUCGUCGAGGCGGACCGGGGCAAGGAUCUGGGCAAGGUCAUCAACGACUCGAUCACGCUUGAGGAGGUAGAGGCGUUCUGGGCUGGCAAGGACGGCAAGUUCGGCUCGGGCUCUGGUCAGUCCCCGCCGACGAGCCCCGGCGGUGCUGGCGAUGGCAAGAAAGAGAUCUGUCCCAAGAUGAUCUACGGCAAGGCAGGACCCGCUGAGGCCCAGCUUCUCGUCGCCAAGAUGCAAGAUGAAGCGAAGGCUCUUGCCCUCUGCCAGUCUAAGGUCCGGGCGAAAAAGCUGCCUAUGGAAGUAGUCGACGCCGAAUAUCAGUGGGAUCGACGCAAACUGACGUUCUACUUCGUGGCGGAGAAGCGCAUCGACUUCCGGGAGCUUGUUCGUGAGCUGUUCCGGCUGUACAAAACACGAAUCUGGAUGGCCUCGCUCCAAGGCGCCGGCGGAUUUGAGCAGUGAUCUAAAGAGACAGAAGAUACCAAUCAGACGAAAAUUGAACUGUCCUGCAUCUGUAUCCACCACACCCACAAGACUGCUAGAUAUGCAUCUCAGUUUGUUCUGAACGACGAACUUUGGCCUCCGUCUGUACUUGUAUGGUAGAAUCUGCUGUCAAUGUUUUUUGUAUAUAUGUAUGUACAAUCGUCUUUUUUAUUCAC